UCCUUUUGCAUCAUCCAGCUAGUAGUCUGUAUUAUAACUUUCUUGCAAAUUGCAAAUAUGUCUUUAAAAAUGGAAUUUUCUCUAGCCGAAAGUCAUUCAAGUUUUUUCAUUUUGUCACAAGUUUUUAUAUCUUUAUGAAAGUUCAAUGAAGUUUAGCUACAAUAGCAUGGACUGUAUUGAAAACUGCAUUUCAUUUACUGGAUUAAAAAAGAAUUUAUCUCGUCCACUUUCUUCAGCCUAUUUUGGCUAUUACGAUUAUUUCAUUCCAGCUGGUAACCUUAGUUCUGCAUUUGGUAAAAGUACUGCUAAAAAACGAAGUAUGCCUUCCCUUUGUAAACAGACGAAUUUUUUUAAUGAUUUACUCCAACAAUUAAAACAACCUAAUGAUGAUGGUGUGGCAGUGGCAAGAUGCUCCUUACCCUGGAUGCCAAAAUCAAAACAAGAGGCAAAACAACAGGCCCUUCCUGCAUGUCAUGUAACUAAUCAAGAUAAAUUAGAGGUGAAAUCUGCACAUUCUUCCAGAAAACGUACAAAAUAUGCUUUGUCAAAUUUUGAUAUGAAUGUUCUAAGUCCAACUUCUUGGUAAUUUUCUUAUAUAAAUGAAACACUUCUAAAUGCACUGUUAUGUAUUUUGAUGGCUAACUGUGGAAUUUUUUAAAUGUUGCUAUGUAAUAUUAUAACAACACUGUGUAACUUUACCAUGUCUCUAUUUUGUAUUUUCUAUGCAUUUUUUAAAGUGUGUGUUGGUGUAUGUGUAGUUAUCAGUAGUUAUUGUUAAAUGUCACCAUUAGAGAUCUCAUUUUAUGCAUUUGGAAUCUUUCUCAUAUAUUUUGUUAAACUUUUAAAAUAAAAAUCCAGUAAAUGAAAAGUG